AUGAACGACGUGGUAGUCUUCAAGAAUGGCUUCAACUACUUCAGAGAGGAAGACACGUCCGCGAUCACUGAGCAGUUCCUAAGAGCCAACUGCUGCACCGGAACGUCUUGGCACCGGCUGUCGUCCUAUUUAGCAUGUUGGUGCCCAAAGCCGCUUUCUAUCGGGACCUGUCCGACCUAUGGGGUCCGAGAAGAAUGGACGCCCUGUUCCCGAGCCAAUGGGCGCAACCCUACAGCCAAGAGGCACUCGGAUUCGAACUACCAGUGCAGGAUAGCAUUGUGGCCAUGGUCCCAUUCAUUGCUGGCCUUCCUGACGAGCCUGUUCCGCAAAAAACGGGACCUGUCGGCCCCGGCAACGAAGCCGCGCACGGUGACUCUGCGCCAUGACGAAGCCGAUGCGCACAUCGAGCAGCUCUUCGAGGUUCUCGAGGCUAACGACCCCAGUGACUGCUUUAAACGCGCCAUCUGCCAGCUCGAAGCGGCAAAGCACCAGCGGACCCUAAGUGACCUCGAGCAAUUCUUCGUUGGACUGUUCGGGCAACGGCCCCACCUUCCAGACCCAUCAAAGUCCAGGCUUUCCAGCUUCCCAUUCCAGUACGCCGCCUUCAUCGGGCACGCAUCGCGCAGUGCCCGAACGUGUAGCGAGACUUACGGCCGCUGUCGGCUGAGACCAGGAGAGUUGAUCGAGAUGUACGCUGCCCGGGGCCAACCCAAACUUAGCGUCCAAGGUUCUAGUGCUGCGCUGUCGAUCCUGCCGGCUAACGCUCCUCGAGGCACAGCAGCAAGCGCGCCAAGCAUUCUGGGAGUCAGGGACAACGCGAAGAAAAACGCAGUGAAUGUUGCCAUGGCGUCACCGUACCACGGUUUGAACAAAGGAUCUUCGGGAUAUGACAUGCUCAAGAGUAUGCUCAAGGAUGUUCUAAUGGGCCGGAAGUCCUUCAAGCGGCCGUCCUCAUCUCAAGACGACGAGAGUAGGGCACUAAUCACAAUUCAGUUUUCUGGUCGGUAAAUCGCCAUGGCUAGACAUCUUGAACGCACACGUGGAUGCGGUGGUGUUUAAAUGCAGAAAAGUGCAUGGUGUGCAAACUGCAUUGUGGAGCUCGAAAAGGCCAUGUACCUUUUGAUGAGGUGGACAUCUCAUCAGUGCUAGAGUUCCAAUACCUCGAUCUAGUUAUCUCGUAGUUCCUCUAAAUCCUAAUUACGAGCCUGUCCUGCUUGUUCUAUACUCCAUGAUUGUGCGCAGUUAUUUCACAGAAUGACCGAGGACAGCGGAGGGGGAAAAUAAGUGAUGCAUUGGUUGUGUUUUUUUUUUUUUUGCAUUGGUUGUGGUAUUACAGGACGUUACAGGCUGCCCAGCGCCGUAGCCGCCGCCGUGCUAUCCCUGGUUUGACGACGCUUUCACGGCCGAGCACGUUGAGUGUUUGAGGUGGCAGAACGGCAGAAGAGUACUACGAUUAGCAUAUGACCCCAACAGCAUGAGCGAGAAGCUUAGGCGCUGGUGCGUCGGCGAGCGCAGUCUUCCCGCGAGCCGAGUGUUCGAGGUGACGUGUUCUGCGGACUAUCGUAGGCACGGAUCCGAGAAGGAGCGGAAUGAACAUCAUCAAGGAACAUUCGCUUUCAGGCAAGCACGCGUGCUCACUGCCGCUGGCGUUCUGACCGAGAGUGGUAGCAUGGUGUUCUAGUAAACUUAAUUUACGUUUGUCCUUGGGUGGGCGACGGCCCCCAUGUUUAGUCAGUACCUUUGUGGGAGUUGGAGAGCAAUAUUUUUAGGGAAUGUACUGCAUCAGGAUGGUGGUCAGGCCUUAUGAAUAGGAAUGGUCUUCCACGAAAAACCGAAGAAAAAUAACAAUAGUGUGCGAAGGAAAAACCCACCAACAAUUCAAGUUCCUUUCAAAAUAGUAGCUUCUUUCUUAGGGUAAAUUAAUAUUUAAAUAUGUUGUAAAUAUGGAAUUGUAAACUGCGUGUUGUCAGAAUUCUUGAAUGAACAUUACGAUGCGCAGAAAGGCGCUUCUCGUUACACAGAGUUAACGCUUCAACGAAGUGACGAGUUUUUCAAGCCAGCAACUCCUUUCCUUAGAACCUUUUACACAGCUCGCUAUACCCCACUUGCAAUGCUCAGGGAGAAUAAUCAGCUGCUAAGUAAGGUAAGUCCAAUUGAUGAAAAAAGGCUGCUCAUGAGUCGACCUCAAAGAAUGUUCCUUGUGAGAUCGUCGCGUCUGCUUCUGGUUGAUUGUAACCUAACAAUGCAGGCUAAACCGGACGCUUCACCUUCCCCUUCCAUACUUAUGCAGCGAGUUUCGUGUAUUAGAACUUCAACAUUAUUCAUAUGAAGUCCUAAUGCAUGCAAGUUCUGAAUGAAGGACACGAACGACAAUUCUGAAGUUGCAGAGCGCCUAAUUAUAUAAAGAAGUCUAAGCGCACGCGCCAGCGGGAUGUGUAAAGUGAUAUACAAUGCUUGAUAAAAAUGUGCCUCAUUGAGUGUAAAACAUUAGUCUCAAGUGUCUCACAUUUCUGCAGUUUUCUAAGGAGUUAUACGUGCACACUCGACGCAUUAUUUAACCACACGUUGCCUGAAGGAGCGCAUCCCACCGUUGAACUCAAAACUACAUUUCUGUUGUGGUUACUCACAAGGACAUAUAUAGCGUACAAUAUGGGAAUCUGAAGCACGCGGGUAAGGUUUUCACCUCUCUUACUCCAUUUAUUUGGUAAACACGAUAUUACAGCUGUCGCACUAGUUGGAGACGAUGUGCUCUUUCCCAUGCUUUUUUUUUAAUGGGUUCCCCUCAAAUGCUGUCACGUGUAGUAUUUAUGAUAUGGGAAACCAUUUCUCUUUUAAGGAAAUCGCGCAAAAGACGGAACAAGGUGAUUGGCAAAGAUGCAGAGCAUUGCCACUCGCGUUGUGCCAUCUUGUGCGCUGUUUCGUUCAAAGAUGUGGCCUUACCCACAAGAUCGGUUUGAGACCAUACUGUAGAGCACUAGGUCACGACAAUAGUGACGCGAGGUUGUGAAGCUACGUGGAAGAGGAUGAUUUCCGCCCGGCGCCCUGCUUGACUUGCUUGUCGAUAGAUGAUUUGAAUAGCAAGUACGUCUUGGUACCUUUUUAUUUGUUUUGUUGCAACGUAGUUGCAAAAGCAGUUGACAUAUGUGUUGCGGUUGGGUCACAUUGCAAUGUGUGGAACUUUUGUUACCUUUUUCAGGAAGAUGGACAUUUUUUUUUGUAGUAAUUUACGUCAUACAAGGCCUGGUUGGGUUGUCCAGCGUUUCAUUCUGUAAUUUCUUGCGCUAAGACCGACCACCUAACUGAAUGCUUUUUUCCUCUGAUAUUAUUGUGGCUAACUUCAUGAGAAAUGAAUUUAGGUAUAUGUUUAUGUUUUUGAGCAAUAUCAUAUUGAAGAAAUGGGCAAGUUGAAAGGUAUCCGUGAUAGAACUGUGCUUCAGCGUGCUUUUCCACAUUAGAAAGGAGGCAUGAUUAGAAACCGGAGCUUCGAGAGAAGAAAUUUCAAUUCGGUUUGGGCUAAGGAGCAACGCGCUCCAAUAUUUUUCCGGUUCGUUUCCUGUUUGCAGAAUGAAAAAAAAAAAAGAACUACACUAUGGCUGUUCGGGACUCUGUUCGCAGCACGGGUACAUCAUCCUCAGCUUUUUAGGUGGUUUCGAGACUACACGGCAGACACAGAUUAUUGAAUUACACAAGUGCCAAAAUUUUUGGCGUGAAACUGCGAAGAUGGACACAGCGGCCCCGGUGGGACAAGAGCUGAUGUGUUUGCAUCAAUAUUUACAAAUAAAUUUAAAGUUAUGCAGAUAACAUUUAUACAAACCAACUUGCAUGCUAGGUAGUGGAAUCGCUUCAUCAUCGGGCCAACGAGAGUGCUCACUGACUCGUGCACCACGGUAGGUGCCGCUCACAAUCUCGAUAAAAAAAAAUAAAACACCUUUUGAUUUAAAGAA